AUGACAUGCAUGAUGUUGUGCUUCUGUGAAGCAUCAUAUCCAAGUUACCUGGUGCGAAGAUUCCAUUUCCCACGUUUGCACAGACCGAUGAAACAAGUGGUCUUUUCUGGCAAAGUUUUCAUGCGUCCCUCAGAAAAAAUGAUGGUGCUUGCUAAGUCCGACGUUGUGUUCAUGAAUGCCAGAGCAUCGGUGUGGAGGCGUACAACAGUGGUCGUCAAGGAUGGACAAGAUGAACCAUUUUACGGCAACGAGACCUUUAUUGACUGCUUGGAGAUAGCUGUUGACGGUCCCAACCCGAUGUGUGACGGAUUCGUACCGGUGGCUUCCAAUCAGGCGAGAGCGCCAAGGCAAGCACUCUUCUAUAGACAAGGACUUGUAUUGCGAAGCGUGACUCCAGACGAUUCCGGCAUUUACCAAGGAGGAAUUUGGAAAAACAACAGUUUCGUGCCACUGAGAAGUGCAAUGUUCAAACUGAGAGUCAGAUAUUGA